CAACCGGUCCAGUCGACAGACUACUAGCUUUCCCGCCUCCGCCUCCCAGUGCAGCCCUACACGAGUUACCGUUGUCACCGUUUCCCAACGCCAACACACCCAACCCUCAAAAUCGCAACCAUGUUCGCCGCCACCAGAGUCCUCCGCCAGGCUGCCGCUCACGCUGAGCGUGUUCCUUCCAUCAAGUUCAUCGGUCGCAGAACCAUUCCCGCUUCCGUCGACCACACUCCCAAGCCUCACCCUGCCUCUCCCACCCACUCGCUCCCGGCCAACUGGGGCUCUUCUCCCUCCUUCAGCGCCUACCGCCAACACGCCCAGCAGCACGGCCCUCUUCGCAAGACCAUCCGCCCUGAGGUCGACGGCAUUGGUGGUUCUCCCGGUGCCGCUCUCGGCUCCGUCAACCCUCCCCAGGGUCUUUACUUUGACCGCAACGACCUCCCCGCCCGCUUCCGUCGCCAGCCUCUCACCGAGGCCGAGAUUGAGGCUAUUGAGUCCGGCUGUGGCUUUGCUUAAACGGGAGAGAAAAACAACAUGGACUAGACAGUUCGUUUACCACAAUCGAUAUCGAGUCCGAAACGACCGACACAACGCAGCGAUCCUUUGAGAAUUGCCAAUCCCGCCGCCCCUUUGACCUAGGAAUGGG